CUUUCUCUUGCAUCAUGUCGACUGCCAUCCCUGUCAACAUCCGCUCCAACAGCCUCAAUGCUCCUUUGCAUUCGGACUACUCUACAACUCCUCAUGGAACAAUCUACAGCUCCACUCCAGGAGGUACUCGUGUGAUCUAUGAUCGCACUACCCUCCUCGCUCUAUCCAGCAGCCAGCUUGCCCAGACACCUCCCACCGGCAUGGCCUACGUCGCAGGUGUGACUCGCUCCAGCCAUGCCGAGAUUCCCACUGCUCAUGGUACUCGCAAGACCACCGAGCAGAAGAAGGUCGAGGAAGAGAAGAAGAAGACUUAUAACCCAUUUGCUGUCCUUAACAACGAUGGUGACGAUGAUAUGUUUGACAUGGAAGAGUAAAAGCAAAGAAAAAAAAGAGCGAAUUAUUUCUUAUUCUAAACAACUCAGAUACUGUCUAGCGAAAAUGAAAUGAGAGAGAGAAAAGAAAAACGAAAGAGAAAGAGUGGAAAAUAUCAAGUUUGGACAUCUAAUAUUGAUCAAAUGGAAAUUACAAACAAAAAUCUGAAUUGGUGAAAUGAUUUGAAUAACAAUUAUAUAUAUAUAUAUAUAUAUAUGUAGUUGAGUGUGUUAGAGAGAAGACUAAAGAAAUUAAGAAUCGAUAUAU